AUGUCCCCGCCUGAUACUAAACCCCUAAAUCCUGACUCCGGUUCGCCCGCGAGUCAAACCCCAACUCAGCAAUCAGAUUCCCCGGCUGAUGCUAAGCCAGAAGAUGCUCCGUCAGAUCAGCAGCAGCAGGAGGAGGAGGAAGAAGAGGGGGAGUGUGGAUUUUGCUUGUUCAUGAAAGGAGGUGGAUGCAGAGAUAGCUUUAUCGAUUGGGAGAAGUGCAUUGAAGAGGCAGAGAAGAACCAGGAGGAUGUUGUGGAUAAGUGCGUUGAGGUAACUGCGAAAUUGAAGUUGUGUAUGGAGGCUCAUGCAGACUACUACGAGCCUAUUUUGAGGGCAGAGAAGGCGGCUGAGAAACAAUUCGUCGAUGAAUUGGAAAAAGAAUCAGGGACGGCGCAGCAGACUGCAGAUCAGAGUGCUUCCCAGUCAAAGGAGGCUGCCAAGGAUUCUGGGAAAGAAGCGGCUUCUAAUGAUAAGUGA